CUGAACUCACUUCUGAGUGGUGUUUUCUUCGUGCAGAUACAUACACACUCAACUCAACGCCCUUCAAACCUACCACUAUCAAACCACAACUCUACAAUCCUACAAUCUCACUGUCUACACGCACAGACACAACAAACAAUGCCCCCUUCAACACCUCAAUAUCAAUCGCAUCCUCGUUCCCCCUCCACCACCUCCGACGGAAACAACACCGUCACUUGGGAACAUCUCGAACAUGCGCCGCCGUCACUUCAAUCUCAAUCAAGAAAAACUACUGCGGACAACCAUUCCGAAAGGGUCAUUAGCCAUGAAAUGCAUGCACGGUCUGGGGCGGUGCAUGUUGAGGUUAUGAUGGGUAUGCAUGACGGGAUUGGAACUGGGACGGGGAAGGGAAUGGGGCCUGGGGCUGGUAGGGCGCCGGCUAUUAGGAUUCAUCCGCCUGGGGAUACGGUAUCUACCCUUCUGUCUGGUGCGAGUGGUGUGGGUAGUAAUGGGGACGAGGGAAGUGGAGGGUGCUCUACGAAGUCUGCUUCUUUCUCUGGGAGUGAGAGGGGUUGGGGAGGUGAAUUGGGUGUUGAUUUAUGAUGAGAUUCUUUGUUUCUGGGUGGUGAAGCAGUGAAAUGGGAUGUAUGCAC